CUCUUCCUCUCCCUUCAACUCUAAACACAAACAACCAAACACCAUCAUUCCCACACAACACACAGGGAUUGUAUGUAUAAGUAUUGAUUACAAGGGUGGGGAGCAGAAGUGAAGAAGCAUGAAAGGGCAUGAAGAGAAGUUGAUGAAGCUAUUCUGGCUAAGGCCUGCUUUUCAGAGACAUUCUCAGGGGUCGAACUGGUGGAGAUCAUGCAAGAAGAGAACUCCUUUAACAUCUUCCCUUCUUCUUCUCUUCUUCUUUCUUCUCUUCAUUUCCCUACUGUCUUUCGUCGGCUGGAUUGACCUUGCUAAAUAUGGAGGAUACUCUUCCCAGAAAACCUUCCCGAAUUUCAGCAAAAAACCCACUAAUACCCUCGAGUUUCCCCUAGACUGCACCACAUGGAAUCACACCAACACCUGCCCGAAAAACUACCCAACUUCGUACAUACCUGGUGCGAAUCCUUCGCCGAAAUCAACCUGCCCGGAGUAUUUCCGAUGGAUUCACGAGGACCUGAAGCACUGGAAGCAAACCGGAAUCACGAAAGAGAUGGUGGAGAAAGCGCGGAGGACGGCGCAUUUCAGGCUGACGAUUUUGGACGGGAAGGUUUACGUGGAAAAGUUCCGGGACUCGAUUCAGACUCGCGCUUUGUUCACUAUGUGGGGGAUUUCACAGCUGAUGAGGUGGUACCCUGGGAAAUUGCCUGAUUUGGAGCUGAUGUUCGACUGUGAUGACAGGCCUGUAGUACAAGAGAAGGACUUCCGGCAGCCGGGCUCCGGGCCGCCGCCCCUGUUUCGGUACUGUUCGGAUUGGCGGAGCUUGGAUAUUGUCUUCCCCGAUUGGUCGUUUUGGGGCUGGGCAGAGACAAAUAUAAGGCCAUGGAGAAGUGUGCUGAAGGACAUAAAAGAAGGGAAUAAAAUGGUGAAAUGGGAGGACAGAGUACCCUAUGCUUACUGGAAGGGAAACCCUCAUGUUUGCCCAUGGAGGGCUGACCUUAUGAAGUGCAAUGUUACUGAUCAAAAUGACUGGAACACUCGUCUCUAUGUUCAAGAUUGGGUUGCAGAGUCUAAAAAGGGAUAUAAGCAAUCGAAUCUUGGAGACCAAUGCACCCACAGGUACAAAAUUUAUAUAGAAGGAUGGGCGUGGUCAGUGAGUGAAAAAUAUAUUCUGGCCUGUAACUCGCCAACCUUGCUAAUGACACUUCGUUGGUAUGAUUUCUUCGUAAGGGGUAUGAUCCCUCAGCACCACUAUUGGCCAGUUAGGGAGAAUGCUAAAUGCAGGUCCCUUAAAUUUGCUGUUGAAUGGGGAAACAAUCACACAGAAAAGGCGAAGGCCAUUGGGGAAGCUGGGAGCCGUUUCAUCCAUGAGGAUCUUAAAAUGGAGUAUGUUUAUGACUAUAUAUUUCAUCUGCUAAACGAAUACGCCAAGCUCUUGAAGUACAAGCCCACCAUUCCUCCAAAUGCAGUGGAGCUUUGUUCGGAAUCAAUGGCUUGCCCCGCAGAUGGGAACUGGAGGAAGUUCAUGGAAGAAUCCCUGGAGAAGUUCCCUAAGGAUUCCGCUCCAUGCACAAUGCCUCCACCUUAUCAGCCGCAAGAACUCAAGGGUUUUAUUGAUACAAAGGUGAAAGCAACUAAAGAGGUGGAGGCAUGGGAGAAUGAGUAUUGGGACAAACAGAACAAGCAGCACUAGUAAUCAAGCCUUCUUAGUAUGUUAAAUUGCUAAUUAGAUUUUGUAAUUAUGGGAUUUUGAUGGAGACUUUGAUGUUACAACUAAUUUGAAUGCACUUAGGUGUUCGAUAUUGUUGUCUUCAUCUGCUGAAGUAAAAUAUACUGUUGGUUUUUAUUUGGACGCAGGCAAGGUGAAUACUCGAAUCAGGCUACGUUAUGAUAUGAACAUGUUCAUUUAUUACAAAUAAGUUAUUUA